AUGACGCUCGCAGCCAUUCUCAAGCCCUCAGAGCUCUGGAGUGGCUCGAGUUCGUGUAACAUCGGCCACAAUGAGCAGGGGGCCCUGCUCCAAGUCCUGCUGGUAGCUCUGGCGCAUCAUCAGCGGGACCUAGUGAUGCCUCUGUUGACUUCACCCUGCAUUCCUCGUCUGAAUCAGCUCACCGUCUCGGUCGACGAGUCCCGCGCUGUCGGCUGCUUCUUCAAACUCCCGCAAAGCCUGCAGACUCUCCAGCCGGAGAGCAUGGCGCAGCUCAUGCACCUGUCCCCCGAAAUCACUAUUGCUAGAAUCGGCCCAAAUGUCAUGUAUAAGCCGUUUCUCAAACUCUUGAUCGGGCGGCCGCGAUUCUGCAAUCGACACGAUUUAGCCAGCCCGCUCACCAAAGACGAGCACGACCAUGUGGAGGAGCAUCUGGCGGCAAUUGACAACCUGGUCAACAAUCUCCCAUGCCAGCAAAUCACUCCAUUCGAGCGGGCCGGCCUCUUGGACAACGGAUCCAGGCCACUGUGA